AUGGAAUACGAGAAGUUUCUAUUGUUCGGGGAUUCCAUCACUGAAUUUGCAUUCAAUACUAGGCCCACAGAGGAUGAUAAAGAUUAUUAUGCUCUUGGAGCCGCGUUGGUUAACGAGUAUACAAGAAAAAUGGACAUCCUUCAGCGAGGAUUCAAAGGGUACAACUCCAAGUGGGCACUGAAGGUUCUUCCUGAAAUCUUAAACAACGAGCCCAACAUUGCCAUGGCCACCAUCUUUUUCGGUGCCAACGAUGCAUGCUUAGCUGGCCCUCAAUGUGUGCCUCUCUUAGAAUUUGUCGAUAAUAUAGGUCAAAUGGUGUCUGUCAUGAAAGCUCAUCACGUUCUUCCUAUUAUUGUAGGCCCGGCACUGGUGGAUAGAGAGAAGUGGGAAAAAGCAAGGGCUGACGAAACAGCUCUCGGAUAUGUGCGUACCAACGAGAACUUUACAGUCUAUUCUGAUGCGUUAGCAAAGCUGGCCGACGACGAAAAAAUCCCCUUCGUGGACUUGAAUAAAGCGUUUCAAAAGAUAGACGGUGAUGCCUGGAAGAGCCUACUAACGGAUGGACUACACUUCUCUGGGGAAGGAUACAAAAUCUUCCAUGAUGAAUUGAUCGAAGCCAUCGAGGCACACUAUCCUCAAUACCAUCCUAAUAACAUGGAAUACAAACUAACAGACUGGAGAGAUGUGUUGGAUGACGGCUCCAACAUUUUGUCUUAA